AUGAGUCCGACCGAACCUUCUCAGCAACAGUUAAAUACUCCUACCAAGAAAAAGAAUAAUAAGAAGAAAAAGAACAACGCAAAGUCAAAACCGGUAGAGGACGGGGCUAAGGCCUUAGGAACAAAUCAGGAUGGAGAGCGACCUGACGAGGACGGUAACGAAUCCGACGAGCCAGAUGCCACCGUAGCAGAGAGUGCACCAAAAGAUCCCCCGAACGGCCAUACCACAUCGCCAACGACGAAUGGACACCCUGUCCAAGAACCGAGCACAAAGGAAACGACCGACUCCACAGAUACAAGCGCUAGGUUAGAAGCUAUAACACAAGAGCGAGAAGCUCUAAAAACAGAAGUAGAGCAGCUACGCAAGCAACUCGAAUCAAUACAAGAAACACAUACACAAGAAACGACCCAACUCAAAUCAGAAUUAGAGGAAUCCGAAGCAGCAAAAGAACAAGUCGAGGAGCAAUAUCAAACACUCGUGGAAAGAGUCGAAAAGAUUAAAGAAAACGUUGGUAACAGGUUAGCAAGAGGAAAGGAAGAAUUAGAAGAAGCGAACCAACGUAUCGAAGAAUUAGAAGGCCAGAACGAGGAGCUUCAAAGGGGUGCACAAACAUACGAAGAUGAAGUGGAAAAGUUAAAGGUCGAAUUACAAGAUGCCACCAGGGAAUUAUCUAGCUUGCGGAGCCGCAACAAUCUCUCGCAGCACAACUCACUAAAGGAGAAAGAGGAUAUGACCCGGCAAAUCCAACAUUUGAGAGAGGAAGCAGAGGCGGCUAAGGACGCCAUGGGCGAUUGGGAAGUCUUGGCAAUGGAAGAACGUUCAAUCCGUGAAUCCCUUACUGAGAAAGCAGCUGCCCUCGAGGAACAACUUUGCACACUAAGAGAGAGUUACGAACGAGUCGCCACAGAACGAGACAGUCAAUCGCAAGCUGUCGACAGUCUUCAGAGAGCGCUACAGGAGAUCCAAGAGGCGCGCAAGAAGGAAUUGCGAGAGAUGGUCGAGACAUCCGAAGAACAGCUCCAGGCGCUCAAGAAGCUUGUCCAAGAAGCAGAUUCAAGAGCCACUGAAGCGGAGAAGGUUAAGGGCUCAUUGCAAAAAGAGUUGGAACGGACGGCGCCUUUCGAGAAAGAGGUAAAAGAGAAGAAUCUCCUUAUUGGAAAAUUAAGACAUGAAGCUAUCGUUCUCAACGAUCAUUUAACAAAAGCCCUGCGGUACCUCAAGAAAACUAAGCCUGAGGAUAGUAUCGAUAGGCAAAUUGUUACAAAUCACUUCCUUCAAUUUCUCGCCCUUGACCGAUCCGACCCCAAGAAAUUCCAGAUCCUCCAGAUCAUUGCCGGGCUUCUCAAUUGGACGGACGAACAGCGAGAGCAGGCCGGGUUGGCUCGACCGGGAACAUCCAACAACAGUCUCCGGCUGCCGAGUUCACCAUUCCAUAGAACACCCAGCACACCGUCUCUGAAUGCGGAUUUCUUUGCAGAACCUUCAUCAUCGGCUAGCAAGGAAUCUCUUGCGGAUUUAUGGGCCGGAUUUUUAGAAAGGAGUGUAGAGGAAGCAUCACAGGUAGGAGGAUCAAGAAAGGGCAGCAUGUCGAGUACGGCAGGCACAACAAAAGGAACACCUAAUUAA